CACAGCUGAUGGACCAGAAGGACGGUUCCCCGGAGGUGAUCCACUACAAGGACCCCUGUGAAGCCGUUGCCUUUCUGGGGGACAUGGCCCUUGGAGAGGAUGACCUGCUGAUGUUCCAGGCCUCUGAAGUCCUACAGCCUACACUGACCCUCACUCGCAGCCCAACAGACAUAGGGGGCCGGGCGGUGCCCACCAGGGGUAGGAGAGCUGCAGUCAGGGAGGUACUGGCCCGUCGGAGGAGAGCCAGCACCUCCAGGCCCGAGAGGAUCUGGCCGGAUGCCAUCAUCCCCUAUGUCAUCAGCGGGAACUUCAGCGGCAGCCAGCGAGCCAUAUUCCGACAGGCCAUGCGACACUGGGAGAGGCACACGUGCGUGACGUUCAUCGAGAGGUCUGGCGAGGAGAGCUACAUCGUGUUCACCUACCGACCCUGUGGGUGUUGCUCCUACGUGGGGAAGAGAGGAGGAGGACCUCAGGGUGUCUCCAUAGGCAAGAACUGCGACAAGCUGGGCAUCGUUGUCCACGAGCUGGGUCACGUGAUCGGCUUCUGGCACGAGCACACCCGACCCGACCGCGACGACCACGUCAGCAUCGUCAGGGACAACAUCCAAUCGGGACAGGAGUACAACUUCCUGAAGAUGGAGCCGGCCGAGGUGGACUCCCUGGGGGAGGAGUACGACUUUGACAGCAUCAUGCAUUACGCCCGGAACACCUUCUCCAGGGGUGUGUUCUUAGACACCAUCGUUCCUCGUGAUGAUGUCAGCGGAGCGAGGCCUCCCAUUGGCCAGCGGACCAGACUCAGCCAGGGGGACAUCGCUCAAGCUCGCAAGCUUUAUAAAUGCGCCUUGUGUGGAGAUAGUCUGCAGGACAGCUCUGGGAACCUCUCCUCUCCUGGGUUCCCCAACGGCUACGCGCCCUACUCCAACUGUGUGUGGAGGAUCUCCGUCACACCCGGGGAGAAGAUCUUUCUGAACUUCACGGCCAUGGACCUCUUCAGAAGCCCCCUGUGCCGGUACGACUACGUGGAGGUCCGGGACGGCUUCUGGAAGAAAGCCCCCCUCAAAGGCCGUUUCUGUGGAGACGAGCUUCCAGAAACCAUCGUCUCUACAGACAGUCGUCUGUGGAUCGAGUUCAGAAGCAGCAGCGACUGGCUGGGAAAAGGCUUCUCAGCGGUCUACAAAGCUAUUUGUGGAGGAGAUGUGAGGAAAGACACAGGAAGGAUCCAGUCCCCAAACUAUCCAGAUGACUAUUUGUCCGACAAAGAAUGCGUGUGGAUCAUCACCGUAGCCCACGACUUCCGUGUGGGCCUCUCCUUCCGGUCAUUUGAGAUUGAGAACCACGACAGCUGUUCCUACGACUACCUGGAUGUGAGGGAUGGAGGUUCCGCCAGCAGCCCCCUGCUGGGUCGCUUUUGUGGCCGCGACAAGCCUGCCGACCUCCAGAGCAGCUCCAACCAGCUCUGGAUCACGUUCGUGUCCGACGGCUCCGUCAACAACGCUGGCUUUUCCGCCACCUUUUUCAAAGAGACGGACGAGUGUUCUGCACCAGGGAGGGGCGGCUGUGAGCAGCGCUGUCUGAACACGCUGGGCAGCUACACGUGCGCUUGUGACCCCGGGUACGAGCUGCUGUCCGACGGGCGCCGCUGUGAGACGGCUUGCGGUGGGUUCAUCACAGAGCUGAACGGUUCCCUGAGCACCCCUGGCUGGCCCAGAGAGUAUCCGCCCAACAAGAACUGUGUCUGGCAGCUGGUGGCCCCGGCCCAGUACUGCAUCACGCUCGUCUUCGAUGCAUUCGAGACCGAAGGCAACCAUGUCUGUAAGUACGACUACGUGGAGGUGAGCAGUGGCCGGAGCCCGGCCGACUCCAGGCUCCACGGGAGGUACUGCGGGUCGGACACGCCGGAGAGGAUCACCUCCACGCUCAACAACCUGAGGGUGGAGUUCAGGUCCGACAACACCGUGGCCAAGGCCGGCUUCCAGGCCCGCUUCUUCUCUGAUAAAGAUGAGUGCUCCCAUGAGAACGGGGGCUGCCAGCAGGAGUGCGUCAACACCUUCGGGAGCUACACCUGUCGCUGCCGCAGAGGAUUUGUGUUGCACGGGAAUAAGCACGACUGCAAGGCAGCGGGGUGCGACCAGAUGGUGACCGCUUUGACGGGCACCCUCAGCAGCCCCAACUGGCCGGACACCUACCCCAGCCAGAAGGCCUGCACCUGGUCUCUGGCCACCCUACCGGGCCACAGGAUUAAAAUAGCUUUUAAUGAGCUUGACAUGGAGGCUCACCUGGAGUGCGUCUACGAUCAUCUCCAAAUCCACGACGGAGAAGACGCCCGUGCGCCCAGUUUAGGACGUUUCUGCGGCGCCAAGAAGCCCCCCCCUCUCAUCUCAAGCGGCAACCAGAUGUUCCUGCGCUUUUACUCUGAUAACUCAGUCCAGAAGAGGGGCUUUGAGCUCUCCCAUAGCACAGAGUGCGGCGGGGCCCUCAGAGCCGAGGUCCAGGCCAGAGACCUGUACUCACACGCACAGUUCGGCGACAACUACCCGCCCGGCGUCGACUGCCACUGGGCGGUGUGGGCGGAGAAGGGCUACGGGGUGGAGGUGGAGUUCCUCCUCUUCGAGACAGAGGAGGAGACGGACUGCGGCUACGACUACGUCGAGCUCUACGACGGCGCUGACCUCAACGCCCCGAGGCUCGGCCGGUACUGCGGUAACGGGCCGCCAGAAGAAGUGUAUUCGGCGGGCGACACGAUCGUCCUGCUCUUCCGUUCAGACGACAGCGUCAACAAGAAGGGCUUCCACCUGCGCUACAGCAGCACCAAGUUCCAGGACAUGUUACAUGACAGCCAGUGACUGCAGAACCAAAGGGGACGACACGACUCCUGACAAACAGGGACGUCAAGCGAAUGCAUGAGAGCAACGCCACGUGUGUGUAGAGGUUUAAACCAUUGUUUGGCCAUGGAAGACUGGAUUUGAGACUGAACUCAAACCCACUCCUUACGAGUUGAUAAAUGCGUGACAGAGUUGUGUGUGUGUGGUAAGGAUGUUGUAGAGUGUAUUUAUAUGCGGCAGCGUGGUAUUUAUGGUUGUGAUGUUGUAGUGUAUUUAUUGCUUGUAGUUUGUUUCAGACUGAGACCUUUGUUCUGAAGGCAUCCGUUGUCUUCAAUGCAAUUUGUAUUGGAGUUGAUCUUCUUCAAGUAUCUUGUGUCAUUUACACUGGAGGACCGCAUAUAGAAAUAGAUAUUAGAUAUUCUGACUUUAUUUGUUAUUUUAUUUUUCAUUGAGACAUUUUUUAUUGAAUCUGUAAUAUACAUGAUUAGUAUUCCCUGGAAAAAACAUUUAGAAGGUUGGAAGGUAAGACUUCAUACAGGGUCAAUUGAGAUUUUGUCGUGCUGAUCUGUCUUUCAAGUCCUUGUCCGUCUUUAAUCAAGUAAGUGGUGCAAUGAGACCUCCAGGUCUUCGAAACCAUGUUUGAACCUCUAAGUUAAUGAAUGUCCUCAUGUUCAGCUGACCUCAGAGAAACUCUUCAUUCAAGGUCCAAUAGCUUGGAACUGAUAUUCCAAAAAUAUAUUUUAUCACAGUAUCGCUCUCAUGCCACUCAAGCGCUGACUAUUUUUUAAUCGUGAAUUGGUGGUAAUAAUAAUAUAUAAUAUAAAGGCAUUCAAAUGUUAAAACUUCUGUUGUUUAUUAGCGACCCAGUAAACAUGUCUGUUAUUCAGUAAUGUUUGAAACAUUACCAAAAAUCGAAUAAAAGGUCAAAUCAAAUAAAAACACAAAUAUUGCUAUAGACUUUCUCUUUAUCAGAAGAAUAUUACUAGUUAAGUUAUUCACUAUUUGGUCCGAGGUACGGCCCAUGUUCACCAUUUGUUACAUGUUUUUUUUUUCACAUUGCUGUAAACUUACGUUGUCAAACAUACACACAUAACCUACUCUAUGAACCUUCCAUUCUCGGGUCACAUUUCCACCACCAAACACCAGGCACCCUCGU